UAAAAGCUUGGGUUUAUUUUGCUUCGUGGAUACAAAAAAUUCUUCAACUGCAACGAAAUUGAUUUACAGCAAUUUUCUUUGGUAUUUUAUAAAAUCGCUAAGCCUUUUGAUGAUAAAUUAACGCUUUUCACUUUAAUAUAUCAUUGUUGGGAUGAAUGAAUCUGAAAGCGAAGAAGAAGAAGUCGGAAGGAGGAGAACAAACACUUGGGAUUCAAAUCAGAAGGAAGAGGAAUUAGUACCAGAUAAAGUUGUAAAAAAGAUAAAAAAAGAUAUUUUUGCUGCAGAUCUUAAGAUUAGUGUACUUGUAUGUGCUUUGGAAAGCUAUCGGUAUGACAGUGUGUUGAGGCCUUUUCCUCCAGUAGGGUUAAGAGAUGAUGGCACCAAAGACGUACAAAAAUUGACCCAACUUUGCAACUCUUUGCCAAAACUUUCAACACUGGUGAAAGGAGAUCAGUCCAUAUCGGAUGAUGCCUGGGAGCUUCUAGACUGGAUAAUGAAUAAGACAUUUGAUAUCACAAUGCUGGAUAAAUCAAUGUUUAAGGAAAUUGAAAAAAGAACAGGCCAACCAAGCUACAGUUCAACCCAACCAGAUUUUAUAUUUGAAAUUGAAUACAAUCAAGACAAUGUUCUGAACAAAAGGUUCCUUGAGUUGGCUGAACAUUAUGACAUAUUAUAUGCAUACCAUGGAAGUGCGCCUGAUAAUUUCCAUUCCAUUCUACAUAACGGACUACACAGUCAUCUGAAUAAGAACUCCCUUUUUGGAGAAGGAACUUACUUAUCAAGCGACUUGAAUGUAUCCAUAACAUAUAGCAAGUACAGCCAUUUAUGGAACAAUAGUAUAUUAGGUGCAAAAAUGAGCUGUAUGGCCGUAUGUGAAGUCUUGGAUCACCCCGAUGUCAAAUGUACCUUGGAAAAAAAGACCAGAAAUGGAGUUGAGCGCCAAUCUGGGACCAGAGCAAGGGCUCAAAAUAGUGAAGGGGGUGACGUCCCAGAAAGAUAUUAUGUGGUCACUAAUAAUCAGUUACUGAGGGUGAAAUAUUUGAUGGUUUAUGCUGAGAAACGCAAGGCAGAGAGUAGGACAUCUCCUGGGACGUGGUUUGCAUGGAUAAUAAUUUUCUAYAUUCUUGUCCUCAUAAUACUUGGAUUGUCUAGAAGCAGAGCUUUCAGUAACAUUCAAAGCAAAAUAUUUGGAUCUCCUCACAGCCAGUUGUAGACCAAUCUUGAAUUAACAAAAUUAUGUAUAAAAAAAGAUAUUUUUAMACUUGUAAAGUUCAAAUUGAAAUUAUGUUGGAGCAAAUAAAAUAUUUUAUUGC